GGGAGGGAAGGAGGUAGAGGGAGGGAGGGAGAAAGCACAGGAUUAAUUUAGAGCUGGACAAAGACAUGGCAAUAAGGAGACAGGCACUCAAAAAUGAAGUGGGAAAUGUCAACCAAAUAUGUAGGCCCCACACCAGAAGACAGAGACGCACAAGCAAAAUGAUGCUCGCUGCUGCUGUGGAUCUGGGGACAAAGCGAGUCGGCCAUUUGGGUGCUGCCAAGAGACAAAGGUUUGGGCCCUAGAGUGUUGGGUAUGUGGAGAAAGCUGGGAUCGCAGGCCAGGCGUCGGGUGAUCGCCAUACACUGUGGUGUGGUGACACAGCCUUCUCUAGAGGUGACACCCCAAUUUUCUGGUGCCUCCUAUAUUUUGGGGGUGACACCCAUGGUAGGAACCCCACCCAACUCUAACGCCACUUCCCUGUUGAGUCACCCACAACCCUGUCAGGCCUGUUGGGAGAAAACUUUGGUGAAUCAAGUAUCCAUACCCUUCACCCCUGAAGUCCAGUUCAUUGGAAACUUGGAUCUAGCUCUCUAGGAACACACAGUCUAGACAAGGGACAUCAGGGUCUAGAUCCUCCUUUAGAUUAAGACACCCAGGCUCAGUUCUUCUCCCUCAAACACACAGGUCCCAACCCAGCCCAUCUCCCUCAGUUCAGGGGUCCAGACUCUUCCCUCAGACCCAUGAUGCAGAUCCCAACUUCCCCGCCUUGUACUCAGAUCUCAGCCCUCCUCCUCCAGACCCAUGAGCCAAAGCCCCAGCCUGCCUCCCUCAGACUCACAUUCCAGACCACCCCCUCAGGUUAGAAACAGAGCCAGGCACACCCUGGCCUUUCUCGUCAGUCCCCAGCCUCCUCCCUUCCCAUUUGAAGUGGAGAUGAGGUGUGCUUAUUUACUUUGGUCCCCAUAUGAAUCACUCCCUAAAACACACUGCCCACCCCAAACCCCGUGUCUCCAGGCCUUGAACAGAAAGAACAAUGCCCCUUUUUCCCCCUCAACACGACAAAAUCACUCAGCAAGAUGAGACGGUACUCAAAGGAAAACCCACUCUGUACAGCAGACCAGGCCUUCCCCUCACCUCCCUAGCCCCUCACUCCUUCCCUACCUCACUGGUCCCUUAGCCCUGCCCUCAGCCACAGGUCCUUCUGUGCUCUCUCUCUCUCUCUCUCUCUCUCUCUCUCUCUCUCUCUCUCCAGAUUUUACACGUUAUUUCUCUCCAGAUCUUACAUGUCUAUCUCUCAACAUCUUUGUCUUCCCAUCUCCAUCUCUCAGUCUCCUCUCUCCCAUCAUCCAUUUCCCCGCCUCCCUUCGGUCCCUGUGUCCCCACACCCUCCUCAUCUCCAUCUUCCCUCUCUUUGGGACCUCCAUGCUUUUCGAAUAUCCUCCAUCCCUGACUCUCUAUCUCGCCCCGCUCUGGUUUCUACAUCUGCCCCAGGUCUUCAGUCCUGAACGAUGGAACAAGAAGGGAAGAGGGGUGUGGGGAAUGGAGAGAAGGUGGAAAAUCCAGGCGGAAAGGAAGAGGGUCAGGCAGACCGGCUGGGCUCCCUAGGCAUCUCUGUCAGAGCCCCGCCCAAGGCUGUGUGGCCUGGCCCAUAUAAGCAGCUCCUGGCCUGACACUGAGAACUUAGCGUCUGCGAGUCACCAAGAACCUCUGUCUCCACCUCCUCACGUGGGUCUGCAGGUAGGAGCACCUUCUCUCCCCAAAGCCUCUGCUCUCAGGCAGGGCCCCUUGGCUCGCUCUCUCCUCCACCUACCUGGUUCACAGUCUCCUUUCUGUCUCUUGACUUUCAGUCUCUUGACUGUCAGUAACUGGGAAUCUUGUUCUCUCCCAACGCCCCAUCUUCCCAGUCUUGCCUGUCAAACCCAAGUGGUACUGAGCUGAAUUUAGAAAUUCUGGGGCGCAGCACCCAAUCUCCUAGCCUGUUUGGCUUGGUCUAUCAGACACAGUACACUUGUCUUCAUCUCUGAGCCUAUGGCCCUCGGUGAAAUUGGCUUGCAGAGGCAACAAAGCACUUUACACUUGUGGGUUUCACUAGCAAUGUCUCGUGGGCACCUGGCUCAGAGCUCUUUCCCACCUUGUCUCUGCCACACCUGUCCCUGUCUCUUGCUCUCUCUGCCUCUGCUCCAAGAAGAGUCCUCUGGGGUCUGUCGGGCAGUGGUUUAAAAGAUGGGCGACUUGUUCGCCCCACCCUAUCCCUCCUAGCUAACAGGCUAACACAGCCUCUUUCUCUUCAGCUCCCUUCCCUCGAGAGUCCAGCCACCCCACCCCAGCCCCACUGCCCUAGUCCCUUGCCCAGUAUCCAGCAUCCCUUGGACAGACUCCGUUGCGGUAGCUGUUGCCGUAGCCAUCCCCUGCAGCCGUCCACACAGCAGCCACCUCCUCAGGGCCAGCGAAAUGCAGUUUGAGAUGCACGACAACGUGAAAGGCAAAGGUGGGAUCACUGGAUGGACCAACAACCUUCCAGGUGCCAGGCAGGAACCUGGCUACCUCCCUCCCCUGGGCACCCUGGCUUCGAAGAUAAAUGGCACCUGCUUCUACCCCAGAGGCCCCUGAAAUGCUGGAGCCCAGUCGUGAAGGAGGAGGUGGUCGCAAGUCCAGGCUCUGCCCAACUGUGGUGCCCACUUUUUCUCCCAACCUUGGCUCAACCAGAUGUAUAGUUGGCAACAGCAACAGGGACAGACUAGGGGUGAUGAUGACCAAAUGUGACAGAUGGGAAUGGGAGGGGUACAGUGAUGUUUCCUCAAGUGGGCGGCCAGGUGGCCUGCCCAGACUGCCCGGCAGAAGGAAGGGUGGCAGGGAUGUGGUGGGCCGGAAGGCCCUGCGAGGAUGCCUGCUGACCCUCUUCUCCUACCUCCACAGCCAUGUCUUAUCCAGUGACCAGUCAGCCUCAGUGUGCCAAUACCUGCUACCAGACACAGCUCAGCGAUUGGCACACGGGCCUCACCGACUGCUGCAACGACAUGCCCGUCUGUGAGUGCCCAAACUCCUCCAAACCCUUUCUAUGCCUUUCAACCUCCGCCUUUGUGGGGCUCUGCAAUCUUCACUCUGCCUGGGAUCUCACCAUCUAGCCCCCAGCCUCCUUCCUCAUGGUGACCUCACUCCCUCUCCAGCCGCUAGUCCUCCCCACUCCGGACCCUGAUUACUUUGGUUCUUUGGGUUUCCUUCUCUACACCUGUCCUCCGGGGACCCUCAUCCCCUCCGUGUGCCCUCCCCCGGGGACUAGCACAGCGGUCCGGACCCUGACCGUCCCGCCCCGUCCAGGUCUGUGCGGCACUUUUGCUCCACUGUGCCUCGCCUGUCGCAUCUCUGACGACUUCGGGGAGUGCUGCUGCGCGCCGUACCUGCCCGGAGGCCUGCACUCUCUGCGCACAGGCAUGCGGGAGCGCUACCACAUCCAGGGCUCCGUCGGGCACGACUGGGCUACCCUCACCUUUUGCCUGCCCUGCGCCCUCUGUCAGAUGGCACGGGAACUGAAGAUCCGCGAGUAAGGACGUCCUCUCCGGGAGUCCUUGGUCACGCCUGGCCUCCUGGGGAGGGGGGUGCUCUUUGGAAAGCCUGUCCCACUGACCCUGUGCCACCGCCAAAAAAAAUACACCCACAAUAAAAACCGGAAAACCAACCCCGCCUACACGCUUUUUAUUGUCGCAGGAAAGGAAUCUGGGUGCAGUGGGAGGUUUGCUGAGGGAGGUGGGAUGCAUGAAGGAUGUCUAGGUGUAUCACACAAGACUGGUUUAAUAGGACAGGCUGCAGAGAUGACUCUGCUGAGUCUCCCUGUAGGCAUCUCACAGAGUGAAACCAUUAGCCCUGAAGCUGCAGAUGGCCUAUCUGAACCUCUACUACAUCCUGAAAAUAUUCAAAGCAAGAAAGCAAGGUGCUGGAGCCUACUCUAAUCCCAGCAGCAUGCUAAGACAGGAAGUUUAGGAACCGGGCUGCCUGGGGUGCAUGGUAUGAGGCCAGCCUGGCCACACACUGAGACCCUGCCUCAAAUAAAAAAGCUUUUAAAAUGAAGAGAAAAAAAAAAAAAAAAGACACUCUUCAAACAAUGCUGUCCCCUGUUUAA